AUGGUUUGUGUUCUAGGAAUUGAAGGAUCCGCUAAUAAAAUUGGGGUAGGAAUAAUCCGUGAUGGAGAAGUCCUCUCCAAUCCACGUGCCACAUUCCACGCCCCUCCUGGUGAAGGAUUUCGACCAACUGAAACUGCUCAACAUCACCGACAACAAAUCGUUCGACUGGUUGGAGAGGCGAUUCGAGAGGCGAAAAUCGAAGAUCCGGAGAAGGAAAUUGAUGGAAUCGCGUAUACAAAGGGACCUGGAAUGGGUGCGCCGCUUCAAGUGGGUGCCAUCGUCGCGCGUACACUCUCUCUCACAUGGAAGAAACCAAUCAUUCCUGUGAAUCAUUGUGUUGGACACAUCGAAAUGGGUCGACUGAUCACUGGUGCCGAUAAUCCUGUUGUUUUGUAUGUUAGCGGUGGAAAUACACAGGUGAUUUCGUACACCAACAAGCGAUACCGUAUCUUCGGAGAAACUAUCGAUAUUGCCGUCGGAAACUGUUUGGAUCGAUUCGCUCGUGUUCUGAAACUGCCGAAUGCCCCAUCACCUGGAUAUAACAUUGAACAACUCGCUAAAAACGGAAAGAAGCUAAUGGAAUUACCGUAUACAGUGAAGGGAAUGGAUGUCUCGUUAUCUGGAAUUCUGUCACUUAUCGAGAAGAAAGCGCCGAAACUCAUUGAAUCCGGAGAGUUUACACCGGAAGAUUUGUGUUUUUCACUUCAAGAAACGGUCUUUGCGAUGUUGAUUGAGAUCACUGAACGGGCGAUGGCACAUACGGCAAGCAGAGAAUUGUUGAUUGUUGGAGGUGUUGGAUGCAAUUUGAGAUUACAGGAAAUGGCGGCAGCAAUGUGUGCAGAACGUAACGCCCAUCUCUUCGCCACCGACGAGCGUUUCUGUAUUGAUAACGGAGCGAUGAUUGCGAGAGCUGGAGAGUUGAUGCUUGCUUCCGGAAUGAAAUUCGAUCUCCGUAAAACGACAAUAACUCAGCGAUAUCGUACCGAUCAAGUCCAUGUUGAAUGGAGAGAUUAG